AUGGAUGUGAUUUUUGAGCCACAGACAGGAAGCCCAUUCUCCAUUGAAGUCGGUUUCUUUGACACUGUACUAGAGAUCAAAGAAAAGAUACAAAAAUACCAAGCCAUACCCAUUUCAAAGCAAACACUUAUCUUCAAUGGCAGUGUCCUCCAAGACAACCACAAUGUCGAGCACUGUGAAAUCCUCCAUAGCUCACACAUUCAGCUCAUUGUUUCUCCCGAUUCCGAUAUAGCCGCUAUUGAGGUUUUAGAAAGUUCGAGUAUUGAUGUCGGUUUCAAGGGGUUGCCGACGAAUCCGAUAGUGGCACCGUCUAGGCCGACUAUGGCGCCGCCAAAGAAGUUAAAGCUAACGGUGUUGACAAGGUGCGGGACAAAGAAGAUUCCAGUCGAGAUGAAUGUGUCGGAUAAUGUUGAGGAGCUGAGGAAGGAGUUGGAGAAGUUGCAGCAGAGGCUACAUUUUCCUCUUCCGGAGGAGGGUUAUUUUUUCAUUCACAAGCAAAAUGUGAUGGAUGAAGAUCAGUCGUUUUGGUGGCACCAUGUUGGGCAAGGUGAUACCAUAGAGAUAUUCAAUGGGACUGUAACUAGAGGUUCAUGA